GACUGAGUUAUCAUAGAGACGUUUGUUUUGUUCUUAUCUUGCAUGCAGUAGACACAGUUUAUGGGAUACGCAAGCGGACUGUGAAGUGAAGUGAACACAGCUUGAUUCGAGAAAUUGACGGAGCAAGUUGUCUUAUCUGUUGUUCUUGAAUGUAAUCAAAUCAUCACCUUGUUCAAAUAUUUGCAAUUAUUUUGGAAACACUCGAAAUACAUAUAUGAUAUACAUCCUCCCUCCCAACUCCCAAAACGAAAAAGGAUUACAAUAAUUUAUUAUUUCACGGUCCAGCACCAGGCCACAAUCACAAAUUUACAAUCGUGUUUUGUUUUCUCAUUCCAACUCUCAACUCAAUCCAGUCCGAUCUGGCUUACCAAGGAAGCCUUAUCAUCAUCACUACCAGUACCAGUAGAAGAAGAGGAUAUCAUUUCCUCUCAACAUGCGUUAGGAAUCUCAAUCUUGUGCCUUCCAUUCCCUCGAAAACCCUCCUUGGUCGUGCCAACCAAUCCAGGAUGAUGAGGAAAGAAGACCCCCGCCCCCCCAAGAUUAUCGAAGCACAGAGCAUUUCCAUACGAUCUCACCACAACCCUCCUGCCGUUGAUAAGCUUCAACAACUCCUGUCUACAGGUGGUGGUGGUUCUGGUUGGGACAAGUGCUGGGAGCAAGGUUUGACCCCUUGGGAUUUAGGACAGCCAACGCCAGUGAUUGCGCAUCUUCAUCGUCAGGGUGCCCUUCCCAAGGGCAGGGCUCUUGUCCCUGGUUGUGGCACUGGUUAUGAUGUUGUGGCAAUUGCAUCCCCCGAACGCCAUGUCACUGGAUUGGACAUUUCAGAGAAUGCCAUUAAGAAAGCAGCCGAGUUGUUUUCCUCACUUCCCGAAGCACGCUAUUAUAGCUUCUUAAAGGUGGACUUUUUCACUUGGCAUCCAACUGAAUUGUUUGAUCUCAUUUUUGAUUAUACGUUCUUCUGUGCUGUUGAACCAGAGAUGAGAUCAGUGUGGGCACGAAAGAUUCGAGAUAUUUUAAAACCAGAUGGGGAGCUCAUAACACUAAUGUUUCCUAUCAGUGAUCAUAUUGGUGGACCCCCUUACAAAGUGUCAAUUUCAGAUUAUGAAGAGGUGUUGCAUCCCAUGGGCUUUAAGGCAACCUCUAUCGUAGACAAUGAACUAGCUGUUCCCCCUCGCAAGGGAAGAGAAAAGCUUGGAAGGUGGAAGAGAUCUCUAAGCGAAUCCUCUCUCUGAGAAUGAUCGUUGUAUAUUUUUCGUUUGCCCCCCAGAGGAUUAUAAGUUUGGAAACGAGAGGGUGGAUGGAGGUGGUGUACGUUUUGACUCUAUUCCUCUUCCUCAACUUUAUGAGAACGGGAGCUUCGUGAAGUUAGUGCAUUAGGCUGUCUUUUCUUUUUUUUUUCUUUUUUGGUUUGAAAAGAAAGGAAAAAAUAAUUGGAAUUGAUCAAUUAUGUUAUACUUUCGUUCCUAGUUUUAUAUGUCGAGCAUCAUGUCCUCUCUUCAUUGCUUAUUA